AUGCUCAUAGCAGACGACACCAGUGUUCCAGUCGUCUCCGAAGGAAUAUCUUGUGACUCUGCCGCAGGAUAUUCCCUGCAGUUUGAAGAGCACGAUGCAAAAGCAAGCACUCGCGUUGUUCACGUUGAGGAUGAGCCCAAAGACCCUUGUGAUCCAGAAUCAUUAGCUAGCCUCAAGUGUCCCAUCACGGAGCGCCAGGAGAGUUCAUCCAGAGCACGCAUCUGCGGUGUCAAAAACGAACACAACCAGGAGCCAUACAAGUGUGAUCUCUGUUCAGCAAAGUUCAGCCAGAGCAUGAUCCUGCAGCGUCACAAGAAGACACACACAGGUGAGAGGCCGUACAAAUGUGACUUCUGUCCAGCAGAGCUCGUCCGGAACGUGCACCUACGGCAUCACAAAAAGACUCACACGGGCGUGAAGCUGUACAGGUGUGAUCUCUGUCCCUCCGAGUUCUUCCAGCUGCACCACCUGAAGCACCACAUACGCAUUCAUACUGGUGAGAAGCCAUACAGGUGGAGUUUCUGUUCAGCAGAGUUCACCCAGAGCACGCACCUGCAAUAUCGCAAGUGGACACACAAAGGGCAGAAGCCAUACAAGUGCGAUCUCUGUCCUGCAGAGUUCACCCGGAGCACGCACCUACAGCGUCACAAGAAGGCACACACGGAGUUCACUCAGAGCACACACCUGCAAUUCCACAAGUGGACACACAAAGGAGAGAAGCCAUACAAGUGCGAUCUCUGUUCUGCAGAGUUCGCCAGGAGCAUGCACCUAAAGCGUCACAAGAACGCACACGCGGAGUUCACUCAGAGCACACACCUGCAAUACCACAAGUGGACACACAAAGGAGAGAAGCCAUACAAGUGCGAUCUCUGUUCUGCAGAGUUCGCCAGGAGCAUGCACCUAAAGCGUCACAAGAACGCACACGCGGGUGAGAAGGCGUACAUUUGGGGCUCUUUCCUCACCGUUCAGUCACAGUAUUACAAGAAGAUACACACACGCAAAAAGACAUACAAACGUGAUCUCUCUCCCUCAGAGUUCUGCCACCUGCUCCACCUGAAGAGUCACAUAUAG